UGUCUAACGAUUAUCUAUGAGUUUGUUUACGAAUCGUAGAACGUAACAAGAACUUUUGUUGUUAUUUGAUUUUAAAAAAAGUUCUAGUGUAAUACUUAGAAAGUUUCACGAAUGCAAUUUUAUUGGUUAACUUAUGUAAACAAUGGUAUUCCUUGCCUUUGUUGGAAGUUACAUUUUUACUUCAUUAUUGCUACUUAAAUAUCCUAAUUUGAUUCAUAAGAGGAAGAAGUUAAAAUUUAAAUGUUGUCACAUCAGCCAUAGGGGAGGUGCCGCAGAAAACUAUGAGAACACGCUGAUUGCAUUUCGACGGGCCCUGGAGAGUGGGACUCAGAUGCUGGAGCUAGACUGCCACUUGACUAGGGACGGCCAGGUGGUGGUGUCGCAUGACCACAACCUGCUGAGGACCACGGGCUGCGAUUACAACAUAUCACAGCUGAAUUACUGCGACUUUCCUCUCCUCAAGACUGAAUUACCGUUAGACUUUGAUCCUGGGCAUGUCUUUGUGGGAUCUGGUAAUCCUGAAGAGAGGAAGUUUGCAUUGCUAAAAGAAGUAUUUCAGCAAUUUCCAAAUGUGCCCAUCAAUAUUGACAUCAAAAUUGAUGAUAACCGCCUUAUUCAAGAAGUGUCAAAGUUAAUUAAGCUUUACAACCGCCAGGAAAUAACAGUGUGGGGAAAUUUUAGUCACACUGUCACUAGGAAGUGCUAUGAACAGGAUCCCCAAGUGAAUCUACUGUUCUCCAUGAGGCAAGUGCUGUGUCUCGUAAUGCUGCUGUAUACAGGCUUGCUGCCUUUUGUCUCUCUUAAAGAAACACACCUCGAGAUCUUCUUGCCAUCUAUAUACCUGCGACGGAAAACACUGGGCAACAUGGCGGGUAUGCCUUUAAAUACUUUUAUCAUUAAGGCAGUUCAAGUGCUUUUAAUAAGAAAAAUAUUGUUUGAGCAUCUGAGGAAGAGAGGCAUCCAGACUUAUUUCUGGGUGUUAAAUUAUGAAGAAGAAUUUAAGACAGCCUUUGAGUUGGGUGCUACAGGAGUUAUCACAGACUAUCCAACUCGAUUGACAGCAUUUCUUAAUGAAAAUCCCCAGUAUAGGUGUUAGCAAAAUAAGUCUGUUAUGCACAACAGUAUUCUUAUUGUGGCUUACGUUAACAUGGAUUACUUUAUCAGGUUAGUUUGAUUGCUUAAAUCAUUUCAAGUUCUACUGUUGCAUGCAUCUUUAAUAAGAGGUUUACAUUUAACCAGAGGCACACAGAAGCAUUGCUCUGGGCACAUUUACAUGAUUCAUUGGGAAUAAGACUUUUUUUUUGUGUUGUGAAUCUAAAAUUGUUGCAUGAUUGUUAACUUUAGCGACAACCACCAAAAUAAAAAAAAAUUGAAAAGCAAUGCUAAAAUGCACAGAACAAAGCAAAUAUUUUUUGUUGCUGUGCAAUGCUGUGAUAUCAUGGACACCCAUUCCACUUGCAGUCUACAUGCUUUCCUUGCCCCACCUUUCCCUGAAUCUACAUGAAGAUGUCGAGCAAAAUUAAAUCAUUUUAUUUCUUAGCUUAUCUGCAAUAUUAUGCCAACAGAUUUGCAUUCACACACAGUGGCAAUCUCUACUGUGAACAUAUUGAGAUUUUUCGUGGAAAUUGCCCCUGAAAUUUUCGGUACUUUUGAAAAUUGAUUUUGUAGUGCAUUUCAAGGAAUUUAUAAAAAAAAGUUAAUAUUAAGAGAAAAAAAAAUCUUGAAAUUUAAGCAAUUUGUUCAAUAGUGACAAUUAACUACAACUCUGAAUAACAAAAUUGUUUACUACAUAAGCUUAAAAUAAGAAUCAAGUAAUACAAAAAAAAUUAAAUUUAAUGAAAAAAAGCAUGGGAUGCUCUUCAUUUUCAUAAUGACCCUAUCCUAGCAAUUAGACAUUAGUGGUAGAAAAUUUAAGACAGCUGAAAUCAAGCACCACAAACACCACCACCCCCACGAAUAUAAUUUGUUUCAGAUUUGAGAAAAAGUGGCUUCAGUCUAUCUUCUAACUAUAGUGGUACUCUGGAGAUAAUUUGUAUUUUAGAAAUAAACACAGCUCAGACACUUAAUUCAAGUUCAAACAAACUGGUGCGAGGAUUUUAAUUUUCUUGGUAUAUUGUUCACAUUUGACACUAUAUAUAUAGUUAUAAGAACUAAUGUACAAGUUAUUACUCUUAAUUUUUCAAUUCACAGUGGCUUUCACUUCAUUGGGAAUAAUCUUGUCUUCGCAAGUCUCACUAAUAUGCACCACAAAGCAACUGUUGAUAAUAUUAUAUCUUUGAGAGAAGACUAUUCCAAGUAUCUAUUAACCUUUUGCAGAGAAUUAUAGAAGUUUGUAGCUGUGCCCAUUUCACAGUGAACAAAAAGUUAUCAUGGAUACAAUUUUUUUUUUUAUCAGGUGGUACUUGCAAGAAGAUUAAGCAACUCAUUUCUACAAUGUGUCUUAACAUGUACAGUUUUUUUGUUGCUUGCCAUAUUUUACUUUGGUUAAAUUACAGCUACUAUUUUUUUAUAAUGUGUACUACAUACUCAAAGUUUUUUAUUUACACAACUGUAAUAUCCUGCAGUGAUAAAUAACUUUCAAUACAAUCAUAUAUAAUUAUCUAACUAAACCUUUUCACAGAGUAUUUUUAUAUGCUUGAGAUUUUAAAUGUCAUAUAAAAAAUGCAUAUUUUUAAAUAAAUUGAACUUGUAUUUUAAUCUAAAUGUGCAAGGUGUUGAAUUUCAUGUUCCUGACUGUACAUUGUUAUUACGUAUUCAAGAAAUAAAAUGUAAAACUUCA